AGUGAAACCGAGCCGGUGUGGCGGUGGCGACGCUGUCAGCGUUCCUUAGCUUUCAGUUCGUCGUUCUGAGGAAAUGUUUGUCAAUACGUCUAUUUAAGAUAUAAACUUUAUUGUUCGUUUGUUUUGUGCCAUCGAUGUUCUGAACUGUCCAGGAACCCAUUAAUGGCAGAAGUGUGAGGAUGAAGAUGAGGAAGAGUCGCACACUUACAGAAUAAUGAUGGAGUUUCUGCUGUAGGCAAUAACAGUUCAAGGAGCACUGCAGAAAGACAACAACACCAUCUAACAAUAUGGCUACCAGUAAUCCCUUUGAAUGGCAGUUGUUUGAUGGACAGAAGUGGUCUACUAUCUGUAAUGAUAUAUUUAUUGAAUCCCAUUACUGUCAGCCAGGAGCUACUGGUAUUACCAUCAACACCAGUAUGGGAUCACUCUAUAUUGACUUUGAUGCUAUGACAGUCAGUGGGCCUCGUGCUAACCUCAGUAUACGACGAAAUAUGUUUCUGUCCCACAACCAAAAGCAAGAAGUAGGCUGGUACUACAAAGAUAACCAUCGCUGGUGUGAAUAUGGAUCUCAGGGAUUGUCUGGGAACUCAUCUUCAAUUACAAGUGAUUCAAUAGAGCAACAGUACAUCCAAAACCCAAACGGCUCAGUUCAGUUUUCUGCAGGACACAUGAAUUACACUGUGGACUUCACUGCCAUGACUCAAACUAACAUGUACACACUUAUGAUGAGGAAAGUAAGGCGGCGGCCAAAAUUCAAUUCAACAGUAACAGUCAACAGCAGUUUACCAAUACCAACAAUGGCAUCUCCUGUACACCUGCCAAAUACAUCUACUGAAUGCAUCUGGGAGUUUAUGGGUGAUGAAGGCAUCUGGACUGAGUUUCAGAAACCAGGAUGUUCAUUGGAUAGUGCAGACAUCGAGAGAUUGUAUCAGCAAAACCCUCAAUCGCAGGUUUCAUUCAUUGCUGGACGACAAAAUUACACACUUUACCUUAAUGGAAUGUAUCAAAUAAAUAAUCGGUAUGGUACCAAAAGAGUUGUAAGGAGAAUAGCAGGAAACCAGCAAAUAAACGGUCAAUUUUCACAAGUUCGCUGGCAGUUCAAAGACAUGGAUGGUUUAUGGAAGAAUUAUAAUAAGGGUGGAUAUCGAGGUUAUUGCAGUGUAUCAAGUGAAGAUAUUGAGGCCCAGUACCAGCAAAACCCUGCAGGUACAAUGAAUUUCACAGCGGGCAGAUUCAACUAUGACCUAAACUUCUCAGACAUGACCCAGACAAAUCUGUCCACUUACACUGUAAGAGAUGUACGCCGCCUUUAGCAAGAAAACCUCACCUGCCAAUUCUUACAGUAUGCAUCUUUACACUGUAAAAAAUUCCUUGUAGAACUCAAAUUUAAGUUUAAACAACUUAAAUUAACAAGUCAUUUCAAGGUUAUUAAAACUUUAUUUUUAUAAUGUAUAGCGACUAGUCAAAUUUUUUUAAAUGACUUAAUAACUCAAGUUAAACAUUUAACAAGAAAUUUUAACAGUGUCUGCAUUUCCUCAGGAAGCCAACUACUCUCUAGUCUUAUAUACACACUGCCGCUAUCAAACUGUAUGGUAUUUUAUAAAACAAAUCGCUCCAGUCAUAUAUGCCGAUGCCGAUAUUGUAUGGUCAAUAGCUUUGCUUUAUUCCAGCUAUAACCUCUUUACAAGCCCACAGUCACUGCACAGCCAUGCCUGGCCAUAUUAUUUAUUUUCUUAAAUUGCAAGCAAUAAACAAACAAAUAAAACUUAAUAUAUGAAUCUGUUUAUUCAAACUUUUAUUUCGAAUAAUAAUUGUUUACUAGUCAUCCAGUGCAUUAUCUGAUUGACUUAUUGUGCAAUUACAUUGGGUUUACUU